AUGGGCGAGCUCGACUCCGGGCAGUGCUGGCCACCUGGUGCCUCCGCAAAAAUCGCUACUCGUCGCGACAGUCGUCUCACUGCGAUGUUUUCCCUCCCUGGUGCUCGGCUUGUAAUACAUAUGCCAAGUGUGGAAUCUGGCGUACUGCGCUCGAGGAUCGCACAAAUAGCCAUGGUUCUUGCGCGAUAUCUGGGCGUGGAACCGAGCAUUCCUUCUGAGUAA